UAAAAAAUCAAAUAAAUAUUAGUUUAAAAUUUUAAAAAUAGAUUACUUUCUUAGAACAUAAACGAACCCUUAACUUAUUGCUGGAGAUGAUAUGUAAAAUCUCAUAAAUUCGUUCAAUAUAUUAAAAUGGCAUAAAUAUAUUAUUGUCCAUUUUUAUCGCCUAUAAUGACAACGAUUGAAUACUAAUGUCAAUACUGUAAACUGAAUUUUCUUCUUCAAAAACCAAAAACCCUAUCUUCCUUAGCAGAUCGUCUUUUGCGCCGACACAAAGAAAGGUACGUAACGCUUGUUUCUCAUCUUCAUGCAUAGGGUUUUCUUAUUCUUAUUAACACUACUUUUCUGGCUCAUCAAUAGAAUAGAUUAUAUAUUCAAUUGUCCGGCUCAUAAAUAGGAUAGAUUCAGGAUUCAUGCUGUUCUUAUAGCUGAUUUCAUGGUGCCUCUACUUUUUCCCACCGGCUCAACCCUCGUUUAUGUUCUUAGGGCUAAUUUCAUUUAUGAACUUGAAAUUUAUUAAUCCAUAUAUUGUUAUUUUAAUUAACUAAUUCUCAUUGAACAGAACAGCAUAUAUAUAUAUAUGGGGGGCGAUCUACGGUUCAUGAUUUUGAAGUACUUACCUAAGUGUAUCAACUACUAUUGUUUUGACGAGGUGGAUUUGAAGGAUGGCGCUGAAAUUAAUCUAGUAGAAUUAGAAUUUCAAGGAAAUUGUCUGCAUAAAGACAUUCCGGCUUACCCUGGAUUUGUUUGUAUCGGUGAUGCCUUGUUCAUGGCCGGAGGUGUCUUCUACGACGUCCCACAUCCCACUUUUUUCAAACAGAUAUCUCCAACAAACUACUUGUCAACUGCGCCACUACCUGUUGUUGGUUCAUCACCUGUGACUUGGACUCGUAGCCCCACUAGUAUGGAUUUAGCCCGAGCCGGCCCCAUGGUAGCCCCAUUACACGAUGGCAGGAUAUUCAUCUGCGGGGGCACUCCUAUAAGAAGUAGUUGGGUUGAGAUCUACGACCCCAAGACAGGCCAGUUCCUCCCUAGGAAAUUGCCUGCCCACAUCAAGCGUAUUCCUAUAGCAAGAUCUUGCUUUCAGUGGACCAAAGAACUGGUUAUGAUAUACUAUGAUAGAUGGGUUUACACCGAACUAGAAUUCAAAGACGAACACCCCAUGUCCUGCGACAUCGAAGGACAUCAACCCACACUCCUCCAGUACAACUUGGUUACAGACAAGUGGAUAGUCUUUGCAGAUAACAUCCCUCCCCCAAUAGAUGAAAUGAAUAAGAGGAACCUCAUCUAUGUGGGUGGAGACCUUCUAUUCAGUAUCGACUAUUCAUAUAGUUGGUUGGUCUACGAUCUGUCCUCGAGGAAGGUGGUGGGAAACGUGAGUGUGAAGCUUCCGGGUGCGAAGAUUUCGGGUGCGAGGGUUAUUGAUGCUUUCUAUGUUGGCGGCAAGACUGAUGUUAAAAGUACUAGUUGGUUCUUCUACGUAUUCAUGCCUAAUGUGAUUAAACACCAGUUUCGUGGUGUUCAAUAUGCCAAGGUCGAAGUAGUCCAACGCAAGGACGGGGAUUUGUAUGCUACAGUUCACAUGAACGGUGUCUUGGGAAUCUCUCCCUAUUCCGACAUCUACAUUAUUGCAAGCUCUAAGAGAGAUGCAGAGGAGGACAUGUUGGAGGCAAGCACAACCAGCUCUAAGAGAGAUGCAGAGGAGGACAUGUUGGAGGCAAGCACAACCAGCUCUAAGAGAGAUGCAGAGGAGGACAUGUUGGAGGCAAGCACAACCAGCUCCAGCUCUAAGAGAGAUGCAUUGUUGGAGGAGAGAGGGAAAGAGAAGGUGAUGAGAAGUGAAUGAAAGCCUGCUGGGAACUAGUAUAUUAUUAAUAUAACUAUAUAUGUAGUUAUGUAUGAAGGAGAUUUAUUUUUGACGUUUCCCUAGCUGUCACUUAUCACCUUUUGGAUGAUGAA